AUGAAUUGUGCGAAUCCUGAGAAUUCUGAUCGUCGUUACGAAGAAUCCCGUACCUCGUCGUCUUUAGAUUACAGGGAGACUAGACUGUAUUCGAAGAGUAUACAGAGAGUGGUACGAAGGGAUAGUUGUAUCAGUUGUAUUGAUUGUAUCGGUUUGGUUGUGACGUCUUGUGACGUGUAUCGAUUGUAUUGGUUUGUUUGUGUCGGUAAGGUUUGGUUCAGAUGA